CCACUUCUCCCUUGGACUGUUCAGUUAUCCUACUUCUUCUCUACUUUUUUCAGUUCUUCCUCUCUUGACUCCUGCUCCUUCUCUACUCAGCAAUCAUGGCAGACGCUACUUGGAAAGAGACCCGACCAGGCCGUUGGGAGCGCGCGCAAACAUACCUCGAGAGGAUAAACAUACUUACUCGAAAUGUUCCAAACGCCGUUGGCCGCGACAACUGGGCCAAGAACGCAGUAGCGAAACUCGAGUUCCAUCCUGACAUCAAAGAUCCUGCUGGCUACCUCCGGACUGCUUGGAAACAAGUUCGCUACAACCAUCCGGAGAUUGCCGCUUUCCCGUAUAACGGUCGAUAUAUCUAUCGCGUCGGAGACGAACCUUCAAUCGCUUUGUGGGUUUCGGCAACAUUCUCCGUUGCUGAGGGCAAAACCGUUGACGAACUGCUGGGCCGGAUUCCAAGGAACGAACAGAUGAUGUGCUACUUCCUUCCCGACACAUCCGAAGUCAUGAUCUGGUCCCCCCACUACCGUGUCGACGCCCGCGGCGCCAUCUUCUGCCUCAACCACCUCGUUGAGUCUCUGGCCAACAUGAACCCCAACCUAGUCUUUGGCGGGUGUGCCAAGAAUUUGACCCCGAGCAUGGAGUUGACGCUUGGUAUCGGGCACGAAGAAACACCAGAACUUGUAGCGCAAGCCGAAAGCCGUCUCGCAGCACUAGAGCCUCACAAGCCAGCUCUAGAACUGACACCCACUAUCAAAGCGCAGAGGCCAGGAUACACUCAACGGCACUUUAUCAAGUUUUCCAAGCGGGAUACAAGGACGGUCUUCGAUAGCUGCGAGACUUCAGCUCUCGCCAUUGACAUCGCUCUGCAUGCCGCCCUCAUCAGCUCCGUUGCAAAACUCGCACAAACAAAGGAAGCGCGAAGCUUCAUGGCCUCUUUCCACUCCAACCUCCGCACCCUGAUUCCAGAAGGCGCAGCUCCUGAGAAUUCGCCCACGAGCUAUACCAGCGUCAUCACUACGGAGGUCAUCGUCUCGCCGCAAACCAACUUCGACUCCUAUUACUCUCAACUCGCACCCGUCUAUGCUGCCGGCUAUGCACCGUACUUGCCGUCGUCACCCUUCUUCCACAAGCGCCUCGAAGAGACACUGUUCGGUCCCAACCACGGCAAGAAAGGCGAGUCGGACGGACAAUUGCAGCCUCGCUUUGCUUUCCUUGGCGAAGUAGAUGAGCAGGUCUCCAAGAACAUCGGCGACGGACUGGUCAAAGUCAAGGACUUUUGGCUAGGUGCCGAGACCCUAACGAUGCGCAUGAUGGUACACACUUGGACAUGGGAGGGCCAACUCGUCCUCAGCGUCUGCUUUAACGAAAGCUAUUGGGACAGAGAUCAGGCGGCUAGCCUGCUUGGUGGCAUGCAGGAUGCGUUGAUGGAGGUUGCGCUGAGGAAGAUAUCGAGAGUUGACAGUGUAUCAGGUUUAAGAACAUCAGCACUAGAUGUGGAAGAUGCUGUAGCAGGACUAACGAUAUGAUGUACAUGCUUUUGUAACGAACCAACCGGCGUGUGAGACGAACUUAUAGAUCCCUUCACUUCACAGUAAUAUCAGCCAGCAGAUAGCGUAGCAGUUACUUUUACCUAUUCAGAUAUUUACUAAGGUCGACUCUCAGUCAAUAUUUGUCAAUCAACAUGAAGAUCACAGUCGAGUAGACGACUUCUCUCCAGAUAAGGGAGUGCACCUGCUUCAUACCGAUAAUCAAGCUCACUAUUUACAAGGCAACCACCAUCGUUUUCAUCUGUCGCAAUACAUCUAUCGCUUCUAUAUACGUCAAGAGAUCCGAGAAAAUCGUCCAGACCUGCUCCUCACCUGUAGGGCUGGUCUGUGAAAUGAUUCGUGCGUGAUCGCUUCCGUAUCAGAUGCACCAAUCAAAAGUGCUGCCAUGAUUUUAAUCACAAACCUACCUGAAUGGAGGGAAGAUUGUAAGAAUAAGUCACUUGACACCUAAUGCUUAGUAG